UUUUUCAAAUUACUCUGUUCAAGAAGACUCAAAUCCAUGGAGCCAUAUUCAUCCUUGAGCUUCCUCAUCUCAAUCUUCCUCUUGCUAUCUCCAUUCUUCAAUCCUUCAAACUGCCAGCAAACUUACCUGAACAACACACAAUUAGACUGCCAAAAAAACCCUUCUAUAUCAAAAGGCUAUCUCUGCAAUGGUCUUGAAACUUCAUGUCAAUCCUUCAUAACAUUUCGCUCACAGCCACCUUAUGAUUCCCCCAUCAGGAUUGCCUAUCUUCUAGGCUCGGAAGCCUCUGGUAUCACUUCGAUCAACAACAUAUCGUCGAAUAACGACACGAUCCCGCCUGGGAAAUUAGUAAUUAUUCCUGUUUCUUGUUCCUGUAGUUCAGGUAGCAUUUACCAGCACAACACGCCUUAUACGAUAAAAAGCAAUGAGACAUAUUUGUCAAUAGCCAAUAACACUUACCAAGGCCUCACUACUUGCCAGGCUCUCAUGGGGCAGAAUUAUUAUGAUGAACUGAGUCUUGAGCCUGGUUUGCAGCUGACGGUUCCGCUGCGAUGCGCCUGUCCGAGCGCGAACCAGACGGCCAAUGGCGUUAGCUCGUUGCUGGCUUAUAUGGUGACAUGGGGUGACACUAUUGGGUCAAUGGCAGAUCUGUUUGGGGUUGAUGAAAAAAGCAUCCUAGAGGCUAACAAAUUGUCGCAAGAUAGCCUUAUUUAUCCCUUUACUCCUCUUUUGAUUCCAUUGAAAAGUGAAAGUUGCUCUAAAAAUCCAGAGAAAUUCUUUUGUUAUUGUCCAGCAGAUGGAAGUCUAGACGGUAUCAGUUAUUGUAAAACUGAAGGCAAAAAAUUUCCAGUCAAAUUGGUUACUCUGUUAGGUAUUGGCAUUGGUUUGGGAUUGUUAUGCAUGUUUCUUUUGGGUUACAACUUAUACAAAUUUCUAAAGAAAAGGAGAAACAGAUUGGAAAGAGAGAAAUUGUUUAAGCAAAAUGGUGGCUUCUUGCUGCAGCAACGAUUAUCAUCCAGUGGUAGUAGUGAAAAUGCUAAAAUAUUUACAGCAGAGGAGCUUCAAAUUGCUACAGACAAUUACAACCGGAGUCGGUUUCUCGGUCAAGGAGGAUUUGGCACUGUAUACAAAGGAAUGUUACUUGAUGGAACCAUAGUUGCUGUUAAAAGAGCAAAGGCAAUUGAUAAAAGCCAGAUUCAGCAUUUCAUUAAUGAAGUUGUCAUUUUAUCUCAAAUCAAUCAUCGAAACAUCGUGAAGCUUCUAGGUUGUUGCUUGGAGACUGAGGUACCAGUCCUCGUCUACGAGUUCAUCCCUAAUGGAACGCUUUCCCAUCAUAUUCAUAAUCAUCAACAGGCACAAGAAGCUUCACUCUCAUGGGAGCAUCGAGUUCAAAUCGCGUGCGAAGUUGCAGGUGCAUUAGCUUAUAUGCAUUCUACAGCCUCAAUCCCCAUUUUUCACCGAGACAUUAAAUCUUCAAACAUACUUCUGGAUGAAAAGUAUAGCGCAAAAGUUUCAGAUUUUGGGACUUCAAAGUCUAAUCCAAAUGACAAAACUCAUAUAACCACAGCAGUUCAAGGAACUUUUGGGUAUUUGGAUCCUGAGUACUUCCAAUCAAGUCAAUUUACAGAGAAAAGUGAUGUGUACAGCUUCGGGGUAGUGCUUGUAGAACUGUUAACCGGUAAAAAACCGAUCUCUUUAGAUGAAGAAGAGAGAAACGUGGUUUCACACUUCAUUUCAUUAGCAAAAGAGAACAAAGUGAUGGAGAUUUUAGAUGCUAGAGUAGCUAAAGAAGCAAGUGAAGAAGAUAUCCAAACUAUUGUAGUGCUUGCAUUGAGUUGCUUGAGAUUGAAUGGGAAAAAGAGGCCUACAAUGAAGCAUGUGGCAUUGGAGCUUGAAGGGUUAAGAAGAUCUCAAAGAUGCGUAGAAAUCAAGCAAGAACUUCAAGUUUUGAACGAUGAAAUAUCCAUGAAUGGAGAAGAAUCUAUCACAAAUAGCUUAGUAUUUCCUCUAAAAAUGGAGUCUCCAUCAUUGUAGACAUUACCUGGA